CUUCAUUUAUUUUUCCUCUAAUGUCCAUGUCUCUUUGGGUGGUCCUUUGCUUGUCCAUCUCUUCUGGCGAUUGCUGAUGCUUUGACCGUAUCGCUUUUCUUCAACUCAUUUAUAGUGUGGCGUAUUGAUAGUUGAUACUGCUGAGACGCUAGCUAGUUCGCCCUAUAACGGUGGACCAAGCCCAAAACAGCCCCAACCAUGGGGAGUCUUCAGAACCUCCAUUCAUCGCGCGUCCCUGCAAUACAGACACUCCUCCAGCAAUGGACGCCUCUUCUGCAUCCGACAAAGUCACCAGAAGAAGAAUUCCAAGAGAAGUAUAAGGAAGCGCAAGCGCAAUACGCUACAGCGGUCGCGCGCCAACAGGAGGAUCAAGCCAGGUUCGAAACUAAUCUGGAUCAUGUCCUAUCCUGCAUAAACCGCCUGAAAGGACUCAAGGCAGAGCGUGAAGUGCACAAGGAAGAUGAAGAGCGCAAGUAUCAGCAGUUAUUCUUGAAUCAGCAGGAGGCUCUUGUUCUUAGGUUGCUGGAUACAUUCGGUCCUCAGCUGGGUGACGAAUUGUGCACGAAGUGGCGAGAGCAUGCUCAGCUGCCUUUGAACAAUCCUGCCCAGCCGGAUGCUGUCCCUGGCUCGUCAGUUGAAGUGACGACUAACUCGUAUGUUACCCCAAACGCAAGUCCUGUCUUGCAAUCACUACAUCCACCGAAUCCUACAACGCAGAACGCUACGAAUGAGACCGCUCCCAUCUUUCCUACUGCAGAAAGCUCAAGAGAUCAAGGAACACGCACGGCCGACCGAUCUCCAGACGAAGCUCAACGGUCCUCGAAAGCCCAACAAAAAAGACCUGCGAGCCCCCCUCAAGGAAACACCUCCCGCCCUGCAAAGCGAUCCCGGUCGAAUGCACCUCAACCACGAGGACCUCUUACCGGCGACCGAUCGAUCGACUUCGACGACGUAUACCAGGACGGCAACGCCGAAAAAAAAUACAUCAUCACCAAACAUAAGGGCUUCUGGUAUAUUCUUGAGUGCAAGGAGCACAACCUGCACUUCAUGAGCAAUAACCCUAUCCAUGGCGCUCGCAGACACUUGACUGCUGAAGCACAUGGCUCCUUGAACGCCAAGUACGACGACACAGUUCGUCUGCUCGGAACAAGAGUGGUGAAUUGUGAUGAAGAUCUGGCCAAGUUGAAUAAUGAGGCCGCGCAGAGACCUACUUAUGCGCAUUAUGGCAGACCUCUCAGCAGUGUCUCAGCCGGGUCAGCGCACUCCAACAACGAGGGACCUCAGACAAGAAGUACUCAAUUCCUCACUGGAAUUGAUCCACAGCCCGGUGAGGUGUAUACUACCUUUUGGAAGAAGACGAAGCGAUUCUACGCUAUCCUUGUGUUACCGUGGGGUAGUUUCCGCCCGUUUGGCUGGGACAUGAAUCUCAAGGAUAACACGGGCCUUUUGAAGAAGGAUAUCCCUACGUGCUACGACUACGAUCCUGCCACGGAUAAGGUUGAGUGGACUGAGCUCUACAGAGCUGGUGGCAAGUACCACCAUAGGCGGAAGUAUCCAGUGAUGUACAUCGAUGCACCUGUUUUUCCAUGGGAGUGUGCUGUCGGGUGGGUUCCGGUCAACGAGUUUCAUCCCUAUGAUCCCAAGGAUAAGGGGAUUCCUCAUAAGGAUAAGGUUGAUGAGUUUAUCCUCUGCAUGGAGGAGCGGGAUCGGUUGAGGAAUGGCGAUGAAGAAUCGGUAGCUACAGAACAUCAAGCUACCGACUCGGCUCCGGGUAAUGUCUCGGAUCAGCAGCAGAACACUGAAGUCGAGCAGCCACCGUUAGGAUCAUCCAUGCGUUUAGCGAUCGAGAUCCCGGACGACGACAGCGACACUGAAGAAGGACCGGGUAUGAUGCCCCAAGACGCCGACUGGACAUUGGAGGAGCCACGGGUCAAGAUUGAGAAAACGAACGAAGAAGCUCCGACACAGACUUCGGAUGUUGCUGCGACGCAAAUACAAGCCAAUUUGAUAGGCUCAGACGACGCGGGUCAUCAGUGGAAUGGCACCAGUCGUACGCCGACGAUUCCAGACUCGGGUUCGGGUCUUGGUGCCAACAACGGCAUGCUUAAUACUGCGGUACCAAACACCCCUGCGGUCGAGAAUCCCAACAAUUCCUCCUCUAGUGCACCUCCCAGACCCAGUAGACAGAUAUACGAUGAUCUUCUAGCAUCAUGCUGGAAGAGUACCCCCUCGCGAGAGCAGCAAACUGUUCCUAUCGACGAAACCUCACAGCCUGGUCCCCGUGCCCCAGAAGCCGUAAUGACUCCUGGGAAUCAGAAUCAUCCUCCGUCUGCAUCUCGAGGCGCAAAUGGACCUGGCACGUCAGCUCCAUUCGCACGCAUGAAUAACCAGGCUGCGUUUGAGAAUUCUGCUCCAUUGGAGCUGUAUGGCUAUCUAUCUCCUGACUAUACCGCAAACACGACUGCGGAUGUCGCAGGGAAUGGUGGUUUGAGAUGGAUGACGCCAGCUCAAGGACCGUCACAGACCGCGACCGAGGUAACGCGCGACCGUGAGAUAGACAUCCAGAACGCAGCUGCCAGGAGACGUAAUUGGCGACAGCCAUUCGUCAGUGACGGUACCGAUUAAACAGAAACUCGCAAUUGAGGGAGGACUGGAUCUAGGAAAAAAUACA